GUUCUCACAUCAGUUAUCACAAUUCAAUCACGCAAGGAAUGUGCAACCCCAGUGAGCUUCUGUUGAUGAUGUUGAUCAUUCCCAUGCGAAUGCCAAAAUGCCUAGCUAACUUACAAACUAUCAUGAAGUUAGGGCCUCAUGUAAACAGCCAUCACAAAAAUCAUGUCCGUCUGACUUGUUGAUCCUGAGGGGGUUUGUGCUGGAGUGUGAGCCGUUCGGUGGCCGUGCAAAAUGGGUUGCAUUUUGUUUGAAUCAUAUAAUAACAUUGCCCAAUGAUCGUUUCUGUCAGCGAUAACAACUUUUUAAGUUUCCCAACACCCUCGAACUCUUGGAUCUGUUCAGACUACGGAGUACAGAGAGUACUCUUUGGAUAAAACCCAUCGAAACUUCCGUCUGGUUUUGGCGCUUCGCCAGACACGAGAUGUUCGGGCGGUGAGCUGGGCAUUGCUACUACGGAUGGCCUUACUAUACAAGCCCUUCGUGAGGCGGCUACCUGCGAAGGUAGUUUUAUUGGGGCAAGUGAACAUCGGCUCAUCCGGGUUGCCAAAUCUGCUGGUCGAAGCGCGGUUGCGCCAUCUUGAAAGAUUGCCCCAAACCUGCUUCAAACAUCAAGAGAUAUGCCAAGGGACAUUUGAACUGGCCUCAUCUUAGAGGCUCAGACGGUUUCCAGGUUGGUGAACGAUUCACGCAGUAUUUCCAAUCAGGGUAUUCUAGUUUUCCCAUGCAUCUUCAGAUGGCAUUAAUGAUGAGUUUUGGCGACGACGGAUUUGACUGCGAGGAGGCUCUGCGAAACCUGCCGGAUCGGGCAAGCCUCAUAAGAGCCUCCUUAACGUCAUCUCUUCCAAGGUUUGACCUCACCUCUUUGACCUCACCUCACCUCUGUUUUAUCCUCGUCCUCUUUCACCAGGACCCUCUGCUGUUGCGAAGAGCACGAUUGAGGGAAGUCUGUGCCAUCAGAGGGACAUAAUCGUCGGUUCAGUUCGUUGGUUUUAUAUCCUUUAGCCCAGUCGUUCGAGCUACAUUACUCCCCUGGCACUUGCUGGUUUCACUGAGAGAUUUCUUUCAUGUAGGAUUGACUUCUCCUAUACAUUCCCGAUACAGUGAAACAGCAUAGGUCCAAGUGCAGAUUAGUCCUAGAUUAAUAGAGCUGUCCCUUCUGCAGUCUACCUUCAUACGUCUAUGAUGAACCCCCCUUGGUAAUAUGACUUCUAACCCCCUAGGUCCAUUAGGCGAGUGCCAUACGAUGGGGGAGGAUCUGUUUUCUGUGAAUCUCCCCAGUGAUGAAGCUGGCCUCUCCCCCACAUCUAAGAAGAUUCUCGAGAAAUGUGCUAUUCCCGUUACCCCUGUUUCCCUGAAUAGUUGUUUCCAAAUUACCCCAACUUUGAUAUCUCGGCCUCCGAAUUCUGACCUCGAGACGGGGGAGUUUAACUUCCAUUUUGCGAAACCCAAGCUUCCAACUCCCAAUUUCACGUCAAGGUUAAAAGCCAAACCUGCUGGAAGCAUCUUAGCCUCUGCAAGUAACCAAAAGGUCAUUGUUAAUCCCUCGGGGACAAAUUGUCCUGAUUCUAAUUGUACCGAAUCGAGCUCAAGUGGAACUUCCGCGCUUUCGAAAGAUAGUGCUAUCAAUAGCGGACAGGUCUCCCCAACAAAAUCUCCGAUCACUCAUGACACUGCUGAAAGAACCUGUGGGCCGACUGCUGGGAUCCAUCGUACUUCAAAAGAAACUGGCCACUCCUUAGAAAUUGGAGAUCGAGCUGAUAGCCAGUCAGAAAACGAUGCAUUGGAGAAGGACAGCAAUUUAGCUACGAAUCAUACCCAGUCGGCGCAAUCACCUAAUCAAGAUCCUACUGGGCCAAUCCCUAAUACCGAUAACUGUAACUCGCCAGCAAGCGCCAGAAGUCACAGCGGGAAUCCCAAACUUACUCCUCCACGACCAUCAGCCAUGAAGGCUACACCGCAACCGAAGUUAAUGGUGAAUUCGAAAGUCACAAAACAUCCGAUGUCUGCGAAGUCAGUGGUCAAUGGCGUGGCUACCAAGCAAGUUACACUCCAGAAAGGAUCUUCAUCUGCAUUUCAACCAUCGGAGGAGGACCUUUUUUACAUGUUGAUCCGUAAGCUCAAAAAGAGGGAUGAGAUGGAAGCAGAAGCUACGGCCAUGAAGGAGAGAAUGAAAGAUGAAAUGCUUGCACUAACUCGAACAAAUGAUGAUUUGCGCUCCAGGUUGCGGGAGUCGCAGAUUUCUGGUAAAAGUCAGCAAGAACGGCUUAACGCUAGCAAUUCACUUGUUGAACGAUGGAAGACAAAGUUUAGUAAGCUACGGACGUUUGUCACCAGUGUUGGGAGUGAUUUUGAGUCUCUCCGGAAAGAAGGACAAAUUCUCAAAUCUACGCAAGAGUCUUUGCUUCAAGAGAAAAAUCAAAUUCAUGAAACCUUGAAACAAAUGAGUGACAGUACUGGCUCAUUGAAAACACGCUGGAGCCAACAUCGUGCAACUAUUGUUGGAGUACGACAGGAAUUCAACACUCUAGAGAAAUCUCUGCUCACAGCGACUACCAGAGUGACGGAGACCGAGAAGCUCCUUUCCAGGGAGAGGAAUCAUGUCGCUACUCUGGAAAACUACAUAAAGAAUCAUUCGGAUAGACAUCAUAAGCAGGCCUUAAACAUCGAUGAAAGGCAAUCUCAGAUGAUAAAAAAGAUAGAUACGAUCCACAAGCAUAUUGAAAGCUGGAAUUCCGCACAGUCUUCCAUCAAGGAUGAACUGGAGUCUGGGUUUACUUCAUGCAUGUCGUUAUUGAAAUCGCUCAGCCAGCAACAAACCUUGAAACCUCAAGACCUAGAAAAGGUAGAUUGUGCAAUUAGGGAUCUUUCUAUGCAGCUUCAUGUUUCCAUUGAAGCGUCGAAAAAGAAUAUGGAGGUAGCAUUCGAUUUGCACACGAACUACGGACAACGGGUGUCAAGCCAGCUGACGGGGUUAGAGACGGCCGUAAAAUCAAACACAGAAGUCGUUUGUCAACUCGCAGAAGCUCGUGAAUUGCACGGAAACCUUCAGGAAAAGCUGAAUGCGGCUGACAAGAGCUUGCAUAUGGUGUCUGCAGAUCGCGACAGACUCAAGUCUCAAGAAGCAUCCCUACAACGACGUAUUCGAGACCUCGAAAUUGAGAUUUCAUCGCUACAAAAGAAUAAAAUUGAGGAUGCUCAGUUCAGGGAUGCCGACAUGUCGUCGGAGCUUCAGAUCCAGCUGGAGGCAACUUCAGCCUCCCUUACCGAAGUGUCAAAUGAGCUCAAAGAGAAACAAAGCGAAAUAAGCGACUUGGAACUAAAGCUGACGGAUACAAUUGAAAGGCUAGCAGCUGCAGAAAGCGAGAUAGCGGGCCUCACAAGCGAAAGGCUUAAGAUUCGCGACGAGGCCCAAAAGACAGAACACAGAGUCAGAGAAGAACUAACAAGGGCAAAUUUGGCAGCGAAAGAUCAGCACAGGGCAUGGUUCGAACAGGAACGGCAUAAACUCAAGCGCGAAAAGAUUUUGGCCGAAAAAAGUGCCCAAAAAGUGGCCGAGGAGCUAAACUCCGUGAAAAUUUCGUUGGAAGCUGCGGAGAAGGGCAAUCACGAGUUAGUUGCAAAGAUGAGCCAACAGCAGUCGGAAAUCGAUAGCCUGAAAAUGACAGCCUCGAAGAGGGAUUCGAAUAUCGCCGCGGAAAUGGAUGAGGUAAAUAUGCUUCAUGCAUCCACCAUACAAGAGCUACAGAGCGCGCAAUGGCAACUUGAGGCUGCAACAAAGGAGAAAGAAGAGCUGAGGCACCAACUAUCCGAAUUACGCAUGAACCUGGCGACCCUGCAAGAGCAGGAACCCUUACAGGAGACAGUAGAGGUCCUUCAGUAUGAAAUUGCAGAGAAGGAUAUAAACCUUCUUUCAUUGAAGGAAGAAUUGUCAAAAUCCGAAGAGAAUAAUAAGACGAUCUCUCAGUUGCAGCAAGAGGUGGCUGAUAAAUCAGCUGAAAUCGCCAUACUGCGCGAGAGGCUGGAUAAUCAAUUGACUUCGGUCACUACAAUAGGGGAAUCGCUUAAGGAGAAGAAUAACGAACUUAUCAUCCUUGAGCAGAAAAUGGAGGCCUUUGGAAAAUUAUCUGCUGAAACGUCCGCACUAAAACGCGAUAUCGAACAAAGGGACAAUGAACUUGCAGAGCUCCGAUCUCGAGUCCAAGAAUCCAACGUUAUUUUCAAAAACACGGAAAGCAUUCUAAGGCAGCUUGGAAUCAUUGGGACUAUGGAAUCGCUGAGAGAUUACUCAAACGUACUACAGUCACGAUUGAAGAUGAUGGCAGGUUCUCUUGAUGGACGACAGCCAAAAGAGCCUAUAGAAUCAGGGCUCCAUAUACCUAUGAGGAUCUCAUCAAAGCGGCAAAGAACAAGCAGGAAACGCAGUAUGUCGUCCACUCAUGCUGAAUGCGCGAGACCCGGUUCUUCUAGCAGAGAGCGCCAAACAACUGAGAUAGUUUAUCGGACACGGAGCACUCGGGAAAUUAUAUCCCCAACGCUUAAGACCCCUUCACGAGGUAAAAAUGCCAAUAGUGGGCUUCCUACGACCUCCACAUCAUUUAUCAGGCCAUUCUCCCGACUGCAAAACGAAACAACCCCGGCUAUUUAUCCUGGAGAGCAAAUGUCUCCCGUACUAGAAUUCACAGAUCUGAACGCAUUGUUCCCAACAACACCUAUGAAUGCCAAAAAUGUUGGUUCUAAUCAAGCACGAAUGGCAGCAGCUCAAAACUCCCUACCCAGUGACAAAGUUAUCCUUCCUUGUGAAGUGGCUAGAACAAAGGAGCGAAGCGCUCUGUGCGUUUCGGAUGCAGUCAAUGAUGCUAUAUGCACAUCUCGCCGUGAUAAAGAAUGCGAGCAAUCUAGGGGUUCUAUAGAGGCCGAAGCUCCUCAUGAGGCUACAGGAAAUGAGCCUGCCGCAGCAGCCAGCACCCCUAACAAAUGUAGGAUUGAUAAUAACCUUGAGGUUCAAGACAAUCCUUGCUCUCCGCCAAAGACAAUCGCUCGUACGUUGAAAAGAAAAAAAAUGUCUGAGGACGAAAUGCAUACAAUGAAGGUUGCAAGCCAGAAAUCCCCGGAAAAGCUCCCUCGCACAGGAAUCCUUAAGGAUACGACAAAGCCAACCUCAUCUACGAUAGAGACUGUAGUGGAAACUCCACCACAUGAGAACAGCGGGGAAACCCCGAUGGGUGCAAGUCCUAAAAUAACUUUUAGACGCCCCUCUCGAAAAUCUAAGUAUUUUAAUCCAACAAACAGCUCGGCGGCUUCGAUUACCGCCAUGGGAGGACGAUGUGGGAGUACAACCAAAAAAUCUCAUCCACCAGCCGGGCGUGUUAGAGAAAGACCUCGUCGGAGACAGAGAGGUGAUCUGUACCACAACAGAUUCUCCCAGAAACCCCCCGGAUAAAUAAGGGCAAUUACAGUGUGAAGCACGGAUUCCUCCGUCCGGAAUCGAAUUGUGCCUCUCUCUACUUAUAUAUUUAUGGAAUGUCAAAGUGGUUGAAUGAGGAGGAGUUAGAUAAACUGUCGAUAUCUUUACUGAUGUGUAAGUUAGCGGAUACAUAUUUUGCAGCGGUCUGCAAUCCGUUCUUUUCGGGAGACUUGAUCAGAGGAAAACAAGCUAGCUUCGCAAUUUCGAAGGGGAAUUCAGCAAGAUGUCGUAAACAUGUAUCGGGUAGUUAAUAUUUUCAAUCCACAUAAUCUAUUAUGUUAAAAACGCCUUGGAUGCAAGAUAAAGACGUCUAAGAAGGGGGAGGUGCAAUGUACAACCGAAUUUUCGCCAAAUAAAUAUCCGGAAAUCCCAACGGUGCCAACAGUAUCGCACAAACAUAUACUCGUACACAGAUAUGGGCCUUCUCUAACCAUAAAUGCACAUUCAAUCCGGACUAGGCCCUCUAGGGAUGGCUUGAGUAAUAUAACUCACUCGUUUCCCAACCGAAAUAGAGACAAGGAAAGCAGAGAAACAGGCUACAUCAAAUGAUGCAACGUGCGGCAUUUCAUCCAUUUCAAUAUAUCCCGCCACACCAACCACUGCCAAUGCAAUGAUGAACCAUCGAUUUGGUGACAUGGGCG